AUGCCACUUCCUAAAAAUAAACUCGAGUGCUGUAUCCGACAUCCCAACUCUACUGAAGUCCUCAUGUGUACUAGCUGCAAUAAAAAAUACCACUAUAAUUGUGUAAGCACGUCAAAAACCCCGUUUGGUGAUCUAACUGACGCCUACAAAGUGAAUUGGCUGUGCCCAUCGUGCGCUAGACCGAAGUCAGACAAUUCAAACACGCCCAUAAGAGGAGCUCCUUUACCUCGAGAAGUACAACCGGCAUCCCCUCUUCCGUUUGACGAGGUUCGUAAAAUAGUGCGGGAAGAGCUUGGAGCCGUAUUGGAGGUCUUCAAAACUAACAUUCGGGAACAAUUUAAACUACUAACACAAGAGGUCUUAGAUCAACUAUCUGGCGUGACGAACUCGUUAACAUUUCUUGAACAACAAUACGAACAAGUUGCUAGUGAGCUAAGUGUAAAAACAAAGGCUAUAAAAGUAUUAGAAUCUGAGAAUAUAUCACUUAAGUCAACUGUUAAGGACCUUAAUGUAAGACUGUCAAUAGUGGAACAACAGUCUCGUGCUGCAAACCUUGAAAUACAAAACGUCCCGGAAAUCCGGGAUACUGUACUUGCAGCGGUCAUUACAUUCAAUAAAAAAGCUGGAAAUAACACUGAGAAACUGAACACUAGCCAUUUGGGGAUAAGUGGAAGCAAGUAUCCUAUCUUUGUAGGCGAGCACCUCACAUCAUCCCAGAAGCAAUUGCAUGCUAAAGCACGCCUCAGGGCUAAGGAGUUGGGCUACAAGUUAAAUGUCUUAAACUGUAAUUAUGAUAUUAUCAUUUUAACUGAAACCUGGCUUAACGUCUUAAGUGUCUACAACUCUGAGAUCUUCGAUGACAGAUACAAUGUUUAUCGGCGGGAUCGUUCCUCUUCAACACACACAAAGCACAAAACAACUGGAGGCGGCGUCCUGAUAGCUGUAUUAAAAACCUUACCAUCACUGAGACUAAACAGUUUUGAAAGUGACUGCGAAGAUCUUUGGGUCUCAAUAAAAAUUUCUAGAGGCAGUAAAUCUAUAAAUCUGAACAUUUGCGCUAUCUACAUUUCACCUCCUGUAAAACGAACUAUAUUAGAAACUUUUAUAGACAAAGCAACUGAAUCCUUGGAACAAAUUAUGUUGCAAAAUUGUAAUUCUACUUUCAUUGUAGGCGACUUCAAUCUUGGUGGUAUCAAGUGGUUUUCAGAAUCUAACAAACAUAAGGUGACUAAUACAGGAAACAACCUCUUUAAAACAUUUAUAGACUUUACUCACCUUAAUGGACUCAACCAGCUUAAUAAUAUAAGUAAUGUUAAGGGCAGUAUCCUUGAUCUUGUUCUGACCACAGAGACUAACUCGAGUGCUGUCAAUGAAAGUCCAUUUCCACUCAGUAUCAUCGACUCCUAUCAUCCUCCUCUCAUCAUAGAUAUCCCCAUUCCUCUACUGCAUACACCUCCCAUAUUAUGCAAAAACAAAACCGUCAAGCCAAACUUUCGCAAAUGUGACUACACACUUAUUGAAGCAGCUCUUGAUAAUAUUAAAUGGCUCGAUGAAUUCCAUGCAUGCCCUGACGUCAAUAAAUUAACGUACCGCCGAAGCGUUGGCUUGUGCGGUCGUUUCUAA